AUAAACCCUCUCCUCAUUCCGCUAGGGUUUCUCCCAAAAUCGCCGCCGCAGCCGCCGCCGCCAUCAGCCAUGGCCGCUGACACUUCGAAGCCCUUCUUCCCGGCGGCGCCGCACUCGGCUCUCCGCCCCUCCAGGAGCGCCGCCUCGCGCGCGUUCCCUGAGAGCUCCUACUGGCGCGCCUUCCGCUCCUCGGAGCUCGUGUCCGACGCCGGCUUCCCCGUCACCGAUCUCACCUUCGCCUCCUCUGUGGAAGACAGAGCUGCCCCUACCCUCGCCGCUUCCUGGUCCACCUCCGUGCACGUCUUCUCCUCCGACCCCCUCGAGAAGCUCCGUAGGAUCUCUGUCGCGGGCGAUCUCGCCUUCUCCCCGUCCUUCCGCUGCGACGGCGCCCUCCUCGCCACCGGAGACAAGAAGGGUGUCGUCCGCGUAUUCCGCGCCGACAAGGCCGCCACGGGGGCCCUCCGCACGCUGCGCGCCCACGCCGCCGAGACCCGCGUGGUCCGGUACCCAGUCGCUGGCGGCGACAAGCUUCACCUCCUCACCGCCGGCGACGACGCGCUCCUCGCCUACUGGGACGUGCCCUCGGAGACUCCCGUCUUCUCCAUCCCCGCCGCGCACCAGGACUACAUUCGCGGCGGUGCGGCCUCCCCUGCUGAUCACAACAUUUUCGCCACUGGCUCUUACGACCGCAGCGUCAAAUUGUGGGAUGCCCGCACCAGCAAUACCGGCCCAUCUUUGUCCUUCUCCCACGGGGAAUUGGUGGAAAGCGUGCUAUUCCUUCCGUCCGGCGGGCUGCUGGCCACGGCCGGAGGGAACGUGGUCAAGAUUUGGGACGUCAUUGGUGGUGGCUGGCUCGUGCACUCUGUGGAGAGCCAUGUCAAGACAGUGAUGGACCUGACUCUUGGCAAGAUGGUCAACACUGGGGAGAUGCGGCUGCUUAGUGCGGGCAUUGAUGGGUAUGUGAAGAGCUUUGAUUUUGGGAAGCUUAAGAUGACACACUCCUUGCGGUACCCUCAGCCGCUCCUUUCUGUGGCUGUCUCGCCCUGUGGGUCUGUGGUGGUGGCAGGGUCUGCGAAAGGGAAGAUUUAUAUGAGAAAUAGGAAGAAGAAGGCUGUGGAUGAGGAAGAGCAAGGGAUGAAAUCUGUUGGUGGUGCGAUUGACUGGGUAUCUCCAGAGCCGGAGAAGUCAGUGUUGAGGCCAAAUUACUUUAGGUACUUCCGCCGUGGGCAGAAUGAGAAGGCAAAGGAGGGUGACUUUGUGAUUGAGAAGCCGAAGAAGGUGAAAUAUGCAGAGCAUGAUAAGUUACUGAGAAAGUUCAGGCACAAGGAUGCUCUGGUUUCAGCAUUGGUCAAGAACAACCCGAGGAGUGUUGUGGCUGUUAUGGAGGAGCUGGUUUCAAGAAGAAAGCUCAUAAGAUGCAUCGGGAAUUUGGAUAAUGAGGAACUUGGUCUUCUUUUGGAGUUCCUUCACCGGAAUGCAACUUUGCCAAGGUAUGCUAAGUUGUUGUUGUGUUUGGCAAACAAGGUUGUGGAGAUGCGCGAGGCUGAUAUCCGAUCAGAUGAGAAGCUGAAGGUGCAUAUGAGGAAUCUUAAGAGAAUGGUUGCAGAGGAGAUUCAGAUACAGCACAUGCUGCAGGGCAUUCAAGGGAUGAUUUCACCAAUGCUUGCACUUGCAACCAGAUGAAAAGGUGCUUUUGUUUCAAACAAGGAAUUUUUGUUAUAUGUUAGUUUGCAGGAGGCCCCUGCAUGCGAUAUGUACUGCUUUGAAAAAUUAUGUUUGCUAUUGGAUAGUGAAGUAUGCCAGAUGGUUGAGAUACUCUGUUCUGUCAUUCUAUGCUAUUGUUUAUCUGGUUUAACA